GGCAGUUUUUGAGUUCAGCAAAGUUCAAACCCAUGCAUAUAUCUACAAGAUAGCUAGGGAACCCCUUGUCACUUGGGAAGAUUGAAAACCAGCAAAAGCUCUAAUACAUUAGUUACAGUGGGCAGCAGUUUGAAUUUGACAAUGAUGUUAAAGUUGUUCGACAUUUUCUCACAGAGAUUGAGAAGAAUUUUCGGUGAACGGGAGAUACAGGCUAUGGUUGUACUUAGCCUUACCUUUCAAACCAUCCUCAUCGUGAUGGGAUAUAGGAGAAAGGUUUCAACCAGCAACAACCUCAUCCUCCUCCUUUGGAGUUCCUACCUGUUAGCAAGCUGGUUUGCAACAGUCUCGUUGAGUAUAAUCUCCAGCAAUUUAGGAAAUGCCGAAAAUAAGCCAAUUGAUACAAAGCUUGUCAUAACAUCAUUCUGGGCUCCAUUUUUUCUCUUGCACCUUGCUGGUCCAGACACCAUUACAGCAUACUCCUUGGAAGACAAUGCAUUGUGGCGGAGGCACGCCUUAACACUAGCUAGCCAGGUAGGAGUGACUUUGUUUGUCAUCAUCAGAGCUUGGGAAAAUACCGUGCUUAAUAUUCUUGCAGUUACAAUGAUGAUUCCGGGGAUAAUUAAGAUUGGGGAGAGAAUCUGGGUUUUGAGGUCCGCGAGCAGUGAAAACUUUAAAGCAACGACGCUACGUCGUCCUGAUCCAGGUCCCAAUUAUGCCAGAUACAUGGAAGAAUACCGCUCGAAGAAAGAGGAGGGGUUCGACGUUACAUCAGGUACAUUCAUUGAAGCUCCUAUUGUAUCAGACAUUUCCAUUCCAAAGCCAGCAAAUGCCAAAAUUGCUGAUGCACACUCUCUUCAUUGUGCCUAUGAAUUGUUCAAGACUUUCAAGCAGCUAUUUUCUGAUCUCAUCCUGAGCAUCCAAGAUAUAAAGAACAGCCAAUCCUUCUUUCAAAAAGUACAAUUUGAAGAAGCUUUCAAAGUGAUUGAGGUUGAGCUAGGAUUCAUGUACGAUGUGUUUUACACAAAGGCUUACAAGGUUUAUUCCCUAGUGGGUGGCAUUCUACGUCUUAUCAGUUUCUCGUCUACCGUGAUUGUGCUUUUGGUUUUCGCCAUUGUAGUUGAUGACAAGAGUGUCUACUCAAGAGAGGAGAGAAUGGUCACUUAUGUUUUGCUGGGUGGAGCCAUCUUCCUAGAGAUAUAUUCAGUGUUGAUAUUACUUACCUCAGACUGGUCAAUGCUUUGGUUGAGUAAGCACAAGACUGCAAUGGUGGAUCUCUGGUACAAUUCCAUUUCAUCAGUUCCAUUAUUGGUUCCAAAAAAGAGGUGGUCCAAUACCAUGGGACAAUACAACCUAAUAACAUAUUGCCUUCAUCGCAAGAAAGUGAAGAAACCCGCUUGCGGUGCUAUCCAGAGGUUCUUAUUUCAUUAUGAGUUGUUAGAGAAGCAUCGAUAUGAAAAGUCAAUGGAUGUUCCUGUGGAUUUGAAGAAAUUGAUAUUUGAGCACCUUCUAGAGAAAUCGAAGUUUGCCUUAGAACUUAAGGUUUGCAAGGAAUUAUGUGCUUGUAGGGGUGAGCGGGUUCUUAAACUUGCAAAAUGCCUUGAUUGCAUUAACAAAGAAAAGAAUAAAAAACAAAAUGAGGACGUUGAAGUAGAAUCUGAGAAGGUUCCUAAAGAUGCAAAAUGCUUUUAUGAACUGAGCAAAGAAAAUCGUAAAACACUCCAAGACAGCGUUGAGGCAGAAUUUGACCAAAGCAUUCUUCUCUGGCAUAUUGCAACAACCCUAUGUUAUUAUUUUGAUUGGAACACAAACUCAAACAACUCUGUUAAUUGUCCAAAUUAUGAAGCCAGCAAGUCAUUAUCUGACUAUAUGCUAUAUCUUCUAGUCAUGCGUCCUAUUUUGCUGCCUAAUGGGAUUGAACAAAUCAGGUUCCAAGACACAUGCGCUGAGGCCGAUGAAUUUUUCUCAGAAAGAAAAUCUAUAUUUGAUGAAAACCAAGCAUGCAUAAAGUUACUUGAAGUGAGCACUGAAAUUCCUCCAUCUAUAGUGAAAGGAGAUAGAAGCAAGUCGGUGCUAUUCGAUGGAUGUAGGCUCGCUAAAUCAUUGCAAUGCAUGGAGUAUCAAAAGAAGUGGGAGUUGGUAAGUCAUGUAUGGGUUGAAAUGUUGUGUUAUGCUGCGACAAAGUGUCGAUGGAACCAUCAUGCUCAGCAGCUCAUCCGAGGCGGAGAGCUAUUCACUCAUUUCUGGCUUCUUAUGUCGCAUCUUGGUAUAACUGAGCAGUUUCAAAUUUCCAAGGGCCAUGCAAGGGCUAUGUUGGUUGUGCAUUGAAUAAGAUUUUAUAG